AGCCCAUCAUCACGGGAGGAGGACCCAGGAAGCAGCAGCAGAAAGUCAGGCACGUGGCGACGGGCAACGGGAUGACCGUCCCCGUUGUAGCGGUCCCCGCCCACCCAGUGGACGUCGUGAAGACCCCCGCGGUGACAUGGGGCAUCCAAGGCUCCCGGGACGUGCUCCAACUGUCGACGGAUGUAACGGACGGGCGAGCCGUGGAUGCCCGCGUGGACUCCGAGGAUCCGGCCGCUUCGACGGCGAAGUCGACGACUACGUCGGCGUCGUCGGCGGCGGCGACGACGUCGGCGUUAACGACGGCGACGGUGACGACGACGGUGACGACGUCGACGAUGGCGGAAAAAUUCCGACGCGAGAAGGGAAGGACGGCCGCGAGGGGGUCUUUGCGAUCCAUACACUGGGCAGACGGCCGUCCACAGCCAGGAGGUCUAUAGACGCCUCGCUGGUGCUGAUGACGCCGGCGUCGCAACCCAAGCACAGGCACGCGAGCGAGAACAGCAGGGACGCCCGCGAUGGGGUCUUCGCGCACAGGUUUGACAGGCGCUCUCUGGACGACUUGGGCAGCGUGGCGCUGCAGGCCGACGGGCGACCCGCGGCGGGCGCCACGGACGCCCGCGGGUCCUUGAAGCGACGACCGAGCAGGCACUCGCGGGCAGCGGGGGAGGACAGUGAUGGAUGCCCCGGGGGGGUCCUGACGGCGCGCGAACCGUACAGGCACAGCAGCGUGGGCAGCCUCGGGGGCCUUGGCGAUUCGGACAGGCACGCGAGCAGGAGUGAGCUGGACACCUCGGGGGAGCUGGUGUUCCAGGCUGGGGUCCUCGUGGGCGGCUACCUGCCAGCGCUCGUAGACAGACUGGUGCCGACGGGGGACUUCCCCACAGACAAGUCGCUUGCGUUCACCGUGCUGCUGUGUGGGCGUCUGUUUGCUGCGCCGCACGACCUCGCGGCGCUGCUGAGCGAGGCCAGCGACCGGCGGUGGCACUCGGAGGAGCUCGGAGACGAGGCUAAGCGGAGGAGGUUUGGCUGUCACAUGUCCGAGCUGCUCUCCGAGUGGCGCGACACGUUCCCACGUGACUUUGAGGAUCUGCGGGUCGCCCAGCUCCUCGCCGAUGUCUCCCGCAGGGUCGUGGGUCAUGCAGAGGAGGCUGACGGAUUCCACGUCCCUCUCGGAUGUCCCCCUGCGCCCCCCACGCCGGGCCUGCCGUGGGAGGUCCCUUCCCUUGACCGGCUCUCUCUCCACUGCAUCGCUGCGCCGGAUUCCGUGUCCUCAGGAUCGUCGGCGUCAUCGGCGGAGCCGACCGCCGCCAAGGGGGGUGCGGCGGGGGCGGCCUCGCUGGGCCUCUGUGGGACCUGGGACCUGGCGGCCACCUGCGCCGACCCCUACACCCUCGCGCAGCAGCUGACGGACAUCGAGCUGGAGCGCAUGAACGACAUUGGCCCCGAGGAGUUCAUGCAGGCCAUCAUGGCGGCCACCAGCAGCAGCAAGCAGGCGGACGGCGAGGAGAAUAAGGGCCCUCCCAAAGUGCAGAGCCCCCCACUGGAGGUCUACGUGGACUGGUUCAACCGCCUCACAUACCUGGUGGCCACCGAGAUUUGCGUGCCCGGCAAGAAGAAGCAGCGCGCGCGAGUGAUGGAGUUCUUCAUCGACGUCGCCCGCGAAUGCCUCAACCUCGGGAACUUCAACUCGCUCAUGGCCAUCAUCACCGGGAUGAACAUGAGUCCUGUGGCACGACUCAAGAAGACCUGGUCCCACGUGAACACCGACAAAUUCCAGAUCCUUGAGCACCACAUGGACCCCACGAGCAACUUCUGUAAUUACCGCACCGCCCUACGCGCCGCCGCUCAGCGCGCACACGCGGCACAGAGCGACCGUGAGAAGAUCGUGAUCCCGUUCUUCAGCCUCCUCCUCAAGGAUAUUUACUUCCUCAACGAGUCAAGUCCCAGCAUGCUGCCCAGCGGGCACCUCAAUGUGGAGAAGCUGCAGGAGCUGACGAGGCAGGUACGCGAGUUCGUGACGUGGCGACGCGCGCGCUGCCCGUACCCGUCCGUGCCCAGCGUGCGGGACUACCUGCAGCACGCGCCCGUCUACCACAGCGAGGAGGCUCUGCAGGUGGCGUCGUACGAGAGCGAGAGUCCCGAGAACCAGACGGAGAAAGAACGACUCAAAUCCCUCCGGUCCAUGCUGACGUAAAGACGCGAGGAUUUCACCGUCGGCUCGGGAGGAGCCCUCGCAGCAACGCCGGUGGCGCGCACCGCAGCCAACCCCGUGCCACCACUGCACCACCGCGUGCGUGCGUGUAAUCGUGUGUGUUUGUAGGGAGUGGUGGCGCAGCGGUUAAUGUGCACUGCUUGAUGGACCCAUCUACGAACCGAGUUCGAUUCACGCUCGCGGCCACCAACAUCGCUGAUGAAUAUCCGACCUGGUCCUGGGCCCUCCCCUAGGUUAACUCGGCCCUAAAUGAGAACCUGGUGCUUUCUAACAGCACUUGCCCCAACAGACUGUUGAAGUGUAUAUGGGGGGGGGGGGGGGGGCUUUGUCUUUGCGUAUAGGCAAGUAGUUGGCACAGUGUCCUAUCAACCCAAAGGCCUCGGUUUGGUCCCAGGCCGCCUGGCUUGUGCGACCCUUCGCUCGACUUUGCCUAAAAUGAUUCUGCCUGCAGUAGCGUUCCGACGUCGGCGGUGGGGGGAGGCGAUGGCGGUCAGGGUGCGUGUGUGUCGCGUGUAAUGUGCCACGUCAGCCUUAAUGGGUGCUCACUAAUUGGGCAACCUGCAAAACAGUGUCCAGGCUUUGAAGGGGGGUCUCUGCAUUGCCGUGUGUGGGCGGUGGGUGCAUGUGCACGCGUGUAUGCGUGAGUGUGAGUUUUUGCGAGUGUGUGUGUGUAGUUGUGUGUGAAUAUGAUGGCUCCUACAGUCUGUUCAGCUAUGGCGGGGGGGGGGAAUGUUUGCCUUUGGAUGUGUAAUGCUAUGCGCAUUAUUGCAUACGUUUGUAUGGGUGUGUAUGAGUGAGUAUUUAGGUGUAUGUGUUAUGUAUGGAUGUCUUUGUAUGAGUGUAUAUGAUUGUGGUGUUUUUGUAUAGAUGCAAGUGUGUAUGAGUGCACGUGUGUGUUUGAUUGUGUGUAGGUGUGCACGUGUUUUAUAUCAUGAGUAUGAGUGUGUAUAAGCGCAUGUUUGUAUAGGUGUGUGUGUGAGUGCGUGUGUAGGUGUGUGUGUUUGUAUGAGCGUGUGUUUGUGUAGGUGUGAGUGUGGAUAGGGGGUGUGUGUGUGUAUGAGUGCGUGUGUUUGCGUAGUUGUGAGUGUAUAUAGGUGUGUGUGAGUGCGUGUGUAUAGGUGUGUGUGUGUGUAUGUGUGUAGGUGUGAGGGUGUAUAGGUGUGUGUGUGUAUGAGUGCGUGUGUUUGUGUAGGUGUGAGUGUGUAUAGGUGUGUGUGUAUGAGUGUGUGUAUAGGUGUGUGUGUAUGAGUGUGUGUGUAGGUGUGAGUGUAUAGGUGUGUGUGUAUGAGUGCAUGUGUUUGUGUAGGUGUGAGUGUAUAUAGGUGUGUGUGUGUGUAUGAGUGCGUGUGUGUGUAGGUGUGAGUGUGUAUAGGUGUGUGUGAGUGUGUGUGCUGGGCAGGAACGGCGCUCUAUUUUAUAACGAGAGGGUGGAAACAAGCAAAAAUAUUCUUUUUAAAAGAACAUUUCCCAAAAAAAAAUUCAGAAAACGGACGACGCGUGUAAAUGUACCGGUAGAUUUUUAUUUCUGUAAGAUAACACGAAACUGGAACGAUGGUCGAGAAAUGGCAGCUUUCACGAUGAAUUGCGAGACAACCAUUGAGUUUGUUAGUUUGUACUUUAUGCUGUAAUUACUACUGUCACCGAUGGGAGGGGGAGGGGGGGGUCCUGACAAUCCUGAUGUGUGGGCAGGCAGACCGAGCGAGCAAGGCGGUGUGGCUAUGCCGUGAGGGGUGUGGCCAGAGGCUUGGUAGACACGCCCUCUAUUGUGCAGCAGCUCUUCGCUCAGAUGUGGACAAAGCAGUCGCGGCAGGAGGCGAUUUUUAAUUUGCGCGAUUUUUGGGGUGUCGGAUCUGCUCCCGCGACUGCUCGCUCGGAUGUGGACCCGGGUAUGGGGUUGGGGGGGCCCUUAUAAGCCCACCCAGACGGGCCCCCCACUCCUCAACGGGAACCUCGCCCCCCCCCCCCCAUGACUGUACCGCCCAGCGGGGCGGAACUGUUUACAUUAUCCGCACGCGUCAGAGCAUUGGUGUCGGUGUGAGAUGGCGUUUUGACCCCCACGUCAUGUUGACCACCGGGAUCGCAAUACGAUGUAUUAUUUAACCCCCUUCCCCCCCCCCCAGUCAGUUUGUGCCAUUCGAGCUUUAAUAAUGUAAUGUUGAGAAUUUGCGAGUGCGGGGGAGAUGGGAUGGAGCCCAAUUUCUAUCAUUUGUAACCGAGACUUCGAUAUAUGUUGAACUUUUUUUCUCGCUGUACGUACCCAAACGUGCUAAUCGUAGGUGCGGGGGAAGGACAACAAACUAAACACAACAAGCUGUUCUAAAGAAAUUAGUUUUCAAAAAAAAUGGGAAAGUGUUCUGUUACCUCCCCGCGGGGUCCUCCUGAUUUCUUUAGCGUCAAAAUCCCAUCUCACACCUGUGCUAGGUAGGGUUGCCGUGGUAUUGCAAUGCGUGCCUGCGUUUGAAUUAUCUUGGCAAACAAUGCGUUACUUGCCCACACUAAAUACGGACGUGAAAAGACGACAGUUAAAGUGUGAGAUGAAUAGCUAUUGCCCAUGGUCAAAUUAGUGAUUUGCCAAACAUCUUUCGGAGUAAUUGGGGUUAUUGGCGGCGAAGUGGUGUCGCUGUUUUGGCUAAUUUAGUUAUUUCGUUGUACCGAGUUUGACAGCUGUGAGCGCUACGGAUCGUAAGAGUGGCAAUCAUUAUUAUGAGACGCGUGGCGAGGCGAGCGAGCUGCAAUUGAAGAACUCUUCAGUAAACCUUUAUUCGUACUUGUUCAGCAAAAAUUUUUGUAAAAGCUUUUUUAAAAACACGCUUUAAUUAAAUGAACCGUACUAGUAAUGGAAUAACUCCACGACUCCACGAAGUGGCCCCGAGGCUUGCCAUAACGUAAGGGGCCGUGGUGAUUUACAGCCAACGUUAGUUGAGCGUGGACAAUUAGACCCAAGGUGAAACAUAACAUAUAAAAAGAUUGUUAAAAUAUGUUUUAUGAUAGAAUAUAGUAUUGUCAUCAGUAUGCCAUACGUAUACCAAGUUUGCAGUCGAUACCACAUUGGGAAGUGGGUUCAAAUGGAGUUACAAUAUUUGAGGAUACGACAACAACAACAGACAGAGUGAGUUAAUAGAAAGUGUGUAAUAACAAAGACAAGAACGCAAAAUACACUUAUAGAUUCAUGGCUAAUUGAUCACAAACACCAUCGUCGUGACGACAUUGUACGUAUGGUGUAAGCGGAUAUCAAGGCAACCCUCGUUGACACCUGAAUUUUUACAGUUUUUUCUCACUUGCUGUUUUUCGAUACGUGUGUAUGUGCGUGUGGGGAGCAGUGGCACAGUGGUUAGCGCACUGCGCUACAAACCCCAGCGAUCCGAGUUCGAUUCCUACUCGAAGUCAAUACCAGUGGGCAAGUAAUAUCAGAGCCAGUCCUGGGUCCUUCCCUAGGUCAGCUUGUCCUUAAAAUGAGUACCCAAUGCAGAGGGUGUGUUUAAACAUCAGCACUGGGUAGACAAAGGUGGCCAGGCAGAGUGUUAAGCCACACCAUCAUCCCCUUGUGCGCUAACAGCACUUGCCCCAACAGCCUGUGGAGGCUAAUUGGGGGGUCGUUGUGUGUGCGUGUCUGUGUGUACGAGUCUCAGGUACAUCAUG